AAAUGUCCCGUGAAUGUAAUGCGGCCAGAUUUACAGCAGCAGGGCUGGAGGUGUGUUUGCUGCCUCAGUCAGCUGCGUGAGCUCCCUGCUGGGCUGCCCCUUUCUGACAGAGCAGCAGCAGCUGGGAAGGUGCUGUUUCAGGCUCUUGCUGUUAGGAAAAAAAAAAAAAAAAAAAUGAAAGCGAGAGGGGGGAAAUUGCACUAAGUCCACAAGCUGGCAUUGGAGGGGGAGAGCGCGGUCAUGUGGUUCUGGCCAUCCUACCCUCUGUCACGGUGUAGAUGAGAGCUUUUUGCUCUUAUCCAAUCAUGCCUGGAAUGCCGCUUGCCACUUGGGCUAUUUCUGCUAUCUGUCGCUCUUGGUGCCGCAGUGCUAACGGUUUGGCAGAUGGGACACUUUUUCUUGGAGUUGGUGUCUUUGGUUUUUGACUUCUGGCAGUGCCGGGCUUGUUGUUGCUGCUCGCCCUCUCCCUCUCGGCCCCCCUGGUCACCAUGGCCCAUCGGCUUCGGUUUCAUUUUGGCUCUGGGCGCAGCAACACAGCCCCCGAGUCAGAGAUCCUAGACCAGGAGAGAGAAGAAGACUUUUUCAUGGCAUUCCACACCCUCCCGCGGCGGAGCAGCCCACAUCCCUUCACCCAGAAUGGAGGGGAGGACGGCGGUGGCCUGCAAGAAGGCGUGGGCGCGCUCAAGCGCAGCUCGUCCAUGUUCAUCCCGCAGCUCCUCACCAGCAUCGACGCACGCCCCACACGCAGCUCCUCCGUGCAGAUCUCCCUGCAGCGCAAGGCAGCUGAUGGUGCCACCGACGGGUGCGGGCCACCCAAUGGCUCUGAGGACCGGCCUCCCAGUGCCACAUCUGACCUCGGGGACCAGGCCACAGCUGCUGGGGCCCAGAGUGUUGUGCUGGAGCCCUCGCCAAGGGACACCCCCGGGAGCUCUCCUCCCAGGGCAGCCCGGGACCCCCAGGUCAACGGCACAUGUGACAGGCGCUUUCAGGAACCAGGCUUGGCAGAUGGCUUGGAGGAGGCCGCCCCGGGCCUGCGUAUCCAGCACCGUGCCUCAAGCGCAGACGUGCGCCAGGUGCGCCUACUGCCUUUUGGGUCUGAUAGCCAGGCAGCGCAGGAGCCCAGGCGCUGGUCCCUGCAGCAUGUUCCGGAUGCUUCUGGAAGCUCCGGGAAGCGAUGCUUUGUCUUCCAGUUGCAGCAGCCCCAAAAAGGUGCACCAGGGCUAGGCAGUGACUUCAAUUUUGGCUUUACUGGCACUAAGGGGGACAGAUUGGUGAGGUAUCCCCGCAUUCGGCUGGAGAGGAGCACUUCGUACCCUACCCAGCCCCGAGUGGGCCGGGGGAGCCCCACGGAAGAACGAGGAGUCCCUGAGACUACGCCGCCUCGGACAGGCAGGAUGGCUCCUGAGAUCCGCAGGACAAAUUCCAUGGAGAGGACUCCACAGGGUCAGGGGUGCACGUUUAAGAUCAGGCAAGAUCAAAACGCUGGGCAGCAGCAUUUCCGGAUUCUUGUGACUCGGGAGCCCGAAGAAACUCCCCAGAAUUCUGAGGAGAAGAACGGCAAGAGUUCUGGUCCAACAGGAGCAGGUGCCCCGACACGAGACGACUUCCUGGGCCAGGUGGACGUGCCCCUUAGUCACCUUCCGACAGAAGAUCCAACCAUGGAGCGACCUUAUACAUUUAAGGACUUUCUCCUCCGACCAAGAAGUCAUAAAUCUCGAGUUAAGGGAUUUUUGCGGUUGAAAAUGGCCUACAUGCCAAAAAAUGGAGGUCAGGAUGAAGAAAACAGCGAGCAAAGAGAUGACAUGGAGCACGGGUGGGAAGUUGUUGACUCCAACGACUCAGCUUCUCAGCACCAGGAGGAGCUUCCUCCUCCGCCUCUGCCCCCAGGCUGGGAAGAGAAAGUGGACAAUUUAGGCCGAACGUACUACGUCAACCACAACAACCGGACCACACAGUGGCACCGACCCAGCUUAAUGGAUGUGUCUUCCGAAUCAGACAACAACAUUAGGCAGAUCAACCAGGAGGCUGCACACAGGCGUUUCCGCUCACGCAGGCACAUCAGUGAGGACUUGGAGCCCGAGGCCUCCGAAGGUGGAGAGGGCCCUGAGCCUUGGGAGACCAUUUCAGAAGAAGUGAAUAUGGCUGGAGACUCCCUCGGUCUGGCUCUGCCUCCACCACCAUCCUCCCCUGUGUCUCGGACCAGCCCUCAGGAGCUGUCGGAGGAGCUGAGCAGAAGGCUUCAGAUCACUCCAGACUCCAAUGGGGAACAAUUCACUUCUCUGAUUAGAGAACCCUCCUCCAGGUUACGGUCCUGCAGUGUCACCGACACAGUCGCGGAGCAAGCCCACCUACCACCGCCCAGUGCCCCAACUAGGAGAGCGCGUUCAUCAACUGUCACAGGUGGUGAGGAGCCAACGCCAUCAGUGGCCUAUGUACAUACCACGCCGGGCCUACCUUCAGGCUGGGAAGAAAGAAAAGAUGCUAAGGGACGCACAUACUAUGUCAAUCAUAACAAUCGAACCACAACUUGGACUCGACCAAUCAUGCAGCUUGCAGAAGAUGGUGCCUCCGGAUCAGCCACAAACAGUAACAACCACCUAAUCGAGCCUCAGAUCCGCCGGCCUCGUAGCCUCAGUUCGCCAACAGUAACUUUAUCUGCCCCACUGGAGGGUGCCAAGGAUUCACCCAUACGCCGGGCUGUGAAAGAUACCCUUUCCAAUCCACAGUCCCCACAGCCAUCACCCUACAACUCCCCCAAACCACAACACAAAGUCACACAGAGCUUCCUGCCACCUGGCUGGGAAAUGAGGAUAGCUCCAAACGGCCGGCCCUUCUUCAUUGACCAUAACACAAAGACUACGACGUGGGAAGAUCCACGCCUGAAAUUUCCUGUACAUAUGCGGUCAAAGGCAUCAUUAAACCCCAAUGACCUUGGCCCGCUUCCUCCUGGCUGGGAAGAAAGAAUUCACCUGGAUGGCCGCACAUUUUACAUUGACCAUAAUAGCAAAAUAACCCAGUGGGAAGAUCCAAGACUGCAGAACCCAGCCAUCACUGGGCCGGCUGUUCCUUACUCCAGAGAAUUUAAGCAGAAAUACGACUACUUUAGGAAGAAAUUAAAGAAACCCGCUGAUAUUCCAAACAGAUUUGAAAUGAAACUUCACAGAAAUAACAUAUUUGAGGAGUCCUAUCGGAGAAUCAUGUCUGUAAAAAGACCAGAUGUCCUAAAAGCUCGAUUAUGGAUUGAAUUUGAAUCGGAGAAAGGUCUAGACUAUGGGGGCGUGGCCAGAGAGUGGUUCUUCUUACUGUCCAAAGAGAUGUUCAACCCUUACUAUGGGCUCUUUGAGUACUCUGCAACGGACAACUACACACUUCAGAUCAAUCCCAAUUCAGGCCUCUGUAAUGAAGAUCAUUUGUCUUAUUUCACUUUUAUUGGAAGAGUUGCUGGUCUGGCAGUAUUUCAUGGGAAACUCUUAGACGGUUUCUUCAUCCGACCAUUUUACAAGAUGAUGUUGGGAAAGCAGAUAACUCUGAACGACAUGGAGUCUGUGGAUAGUGAAUACUACAACUCUUUGAAAUGGAUCUUAGAAAAUGACCCUACCGAACUGGACCUCAUGUUCUGCAUAGAUGAAGAAAACUUUGGGCAGACGUACCAAGUGGAUUUGAAGCCCAAUGGAUCAGAAAUAAUGGUAACAAAUGAAAACAAAAGGGAAUAUAUUGACUUAGUCAUCCAGUGGAGGUUUGUGAACAGGGUCCAGAAGCAAAUGAAUGCCUUCUUGGAGGGAUUCACAGAACUGCUUCCUAUUGAUUUGAUUAAAAUUUUUGAUGAAAAUGAGCUGGAGUUGCUGAUGUGCGGCCUUGGUGACGUUGAUGUGAAUGACUGGAGACAGCAUUCUAUUUACAAGAAUGGCUACUGCCCGAAUCACCCCGUCAUUCAGUGGUUCUGGAAGGCUGUGCUGUUGAUGGACGCCGAGAAGCGGAUCCGGUUACUGCAGUUUGUCACGGGGACGUCCCGGGUACCCAUGAAUGGAUUCGCUGAACUUUAUGGUUCCAAUGGUCCUCAGCUGUUUACAAUAGAGCAGUGGGGCAGCCCUGAAAAACUGCCCAGAGCUCACACAUGCUUUAAUCGCCUUGACUUACCUCCAUAUGAAACCUUCGAAGAUUUACGAGAGAAACUUCUCAUGGCCGUGGAAAAUGCCCAAGGAUUUGAGGGGGUGGAUUAAGGCCUCCUUCCUCGGGGCCACUGACCAUCCAGCAAGCUCCACGUGCUCUCUUGCAUUUGCCUGACAGACUUUGCAGAGCCGGUGGCGGGCACCACUGUGCAGCAUGGCUCCCUGAGCCCGGCCUCCGUGCCUGCCGUGCCCACCUCCAGACCCGGGAACCCGGUCCCAGCUGAAUUCCCGCUCCUCACCACGAAUUCUCAACUGGUUGAUGUGUACACUAAUUACAUUUCAGGAAGACUUGUUCUAUUUAUGUUGUGCCUCUGCAGGCAAAGCCCUUAAUAAAUAUUUUGCAUACUUUCUAAUGACAGUGAAUGGAAUUAAUCACUCUACAGGUAUAGUAUUACAAUUCAUGUUUACUUUUUAAAAUGAUUUAGACUGAUUUUCAGAUUUUAUUUCAUUACAAUUAAAGAUGUCUCAUGUACUUGGUAAAGUGAGCAUAUUUUUUUUUGUAUUUGAAUUUCAUACCAGGCUUAAUGUCAAUGACAUUUUUAUUUUUGAAGUACUUUGACACACUGCCCCUCUACUUUAUUAGAAUUAGAAAUUAAUUUUUGUCCAAAAACCUUCUACAGAGAAGAACUUGGAGAGACUUUCAAAUAUAACAUUAGGUAUAAUGAUAAUUUUUUUUCCAUACUCAGAAUGAAAAUAAACUGGACAUUACUUUUUUUGUACAAAUUUAGAUACUAGCUACAGGCCGAGAGAAUUGUAACAUAGCAUGACAUAUUUGUGUUAACUUGAAAGGAAUCACACCAUUAUUCCUUAGAAGUAAUUACGUGUGCUAUAACACAUUUGAGACGGGUAGGCUAUCACUUCUCAUGAGAGAAAUUAUUAACCCUUCCUGUUGCUGUACAGCCACCCUUUUAUUAUGUCUCCCUUUUGCUGUUUGUAGUAGAGACAUUUUGAAUGAAUCUUGGCACUGCUUGGCGCAAAACUGUGGAAGCCAGAUCCCCGUCAGUCUCCUUUUAGUGCAUUCGCUAAUCGUAGCUAAAUAACCAGUUCUUGCUCUAACUGCACCAGUUCCCGAAGGCACUUUAUGUACCACAUGGAGGUCAUACCUGGUUUUGUUUUUGUUCAUUUUUUAAUCAUAAACAUUAAAUGUGAUGAUUAUUUCUUCUCCCUGCACACAUCUUUCUGGUGCAAUAUCUAUCAGUUGUGAAUCUGGCUGCUGGUGUAUAAAAUCCUGAAUGUAAAGCUGAGCCUAUAGACCUGUCCUUUCAAUUGUUUUGUGAUUUCUACUCAACUACAAAGAUUUAUUUAAUAUACACUUAAUCUAACCAACUUCUGUUACCUAGGACCUGUUGCAUGCUUCAAUACCGUGUACUGCCUGAGUCGUGUCUCUUGUAUGCUAGAUUAAAAGUGAGAAAGAAGACUUGCCUUGAUUCCCGAGGUCACGCUGUGGUGGUGGUGGACUGAGGGUCUCUGUGCAGUUCGGUUCUUUCCCACCCUAAGUCUGUGUUGCAGAAUUCUGUCGUGUUCUGAGAAGAUGCCUGAGGCAGUGUGGGAGUUUAGUAACCCUGCUGUCCUGUUUCGCUUGUGUUGCUGUAGAACCUCUUGUGCUAAGUUAGGGGAUGCUGGAGAGUGGGUCUCCUGCCAGUCAUAGAUAAGACAAAAAUUGGUGGUUCCGAGUCUCUGUUGUGUAAGAAGAACUUUGGUGUAAGAAAUCAGUCGUAUUUGUGCAGUUCUGGGCGGCAUGUGGGACAGCGUGGACACUUGUGGUUGUAAGCCAGUUGUCUGAGGGAGUACAGAACCCUGAAGUUCUAGAGGAAGGUGACUUGCUACAGGGCUGGGUUUUGGCUCCCUUUUCAUGUUGUUUAAAGAUACUUAGUAGUGAUCAGAAAGCUUGGAUGUUAAGUAAUGAUUUUUAAAAUGUUUAUUAUUUUUGGUUUUUUGGUGGAAUUUUUUUUUUUUUACCCCCGACAGUUAACAAAUGUCUCAGUGGCAAAAAAAAUCCUUUCUUUUUGUAAUUUUAAUACCCCAGAGUCAGUUAUCUUGUAAAAAAAAAAAUCAUGCCAAAGCCUAAAUUGAGAAGCAUGCUUUGCUGCUUUUUGAGCAAGACCGUGUAAUUUAUAGGAGGAGAAAUCUGAUUCUUGUGUAAUAACUGAGAUUCUUCUGUCGUUUUGUAAGUUGUAUGUUAAAAAAUCAGAGUAUUCUCUAAAUGCAAAUUAGACUUGAGUGUUGAAAAUACAAAAAAACUAUUCAGAUCAUUUUAAAAUCAGGAAUGUAUAAGAAUCAUCAACAUAUACCCUGAUGAAUACUUAAAAGGGAGUAAUUGUGAGUGACACUUCACCUUUUCUAGCCUUUAAGUUACCCUCUGGUUUUAAUACAACUAAAUAUUGCUGGAUUUGGGGUUUAGUUUUUAAAAAAAAAAAAAAACAUCAACAUGUCGCUGUUCCUCAACUAUUUACAGAGUUUCACUCUUUGCCUAGAAUGAUUCUAUAUCUUCUUGUCUAAAUUUUAAUGCCGCUCUUGGUGAUUUUCAUGACUUAACUACACGUGGUGGAAGAGAAAAUGCACUGCCCAAGGAACAAAUUGCUGGGUCGUAGCUGGGUCCUCCCAUCUGGCAGGCUGGCCUGGGGAAGGAGGGCAGUGCUGUCUAUCCUACUUGUCCCAGCAGCCAGGCUGCUCGGCACACCAAGGUCUCUGCUUGUCAUCCCUAAGCCAUAGAGAUCACUGUAGUCCCGUUUCUGUGGUUCCCUGCCAAAGCUGUAGUUGUCACAGUCCUUCACAGAAAGCUGAGUGAAUGCCAGUGUGCACCCUGUAUGUGGAAGGACCUAGAGCAUCACAUGGCUGCUGUGGAUUCUGGGGUGUUUCUGUUCUUGUCCCAGUUGGUCUGAGGGUAAAUCUGGAAAGUCUUUCCGGCAGGAUUAGCUCAGACUGAGUGCUGGUGUGUUCAGUUCCCUUGUGCACUUACCUUGUGCACAUUUCCUUUCCUGUAGCCAGUCCUCUGAAAAUUAAGGAUGGGAGAUACUUUGUUUCUAAGGCCCAUUCAUAGUUGACAUCAGAUAUUUCCUAAAUUCAUAUGGCAAAUGAUAGAAAGCAACUUGACAUGCAUUAUUCCUCCCAUUUAGGGACCCAGUAGCACAUUCUGAGAAGCAAUUUGCAAAACAUUUGAGCCGCUUUCUGCACCUCACCUUGUUGCAUGGACGGCAUGCACUGUACCAUUGUUCUUUGAUCUUGCCAGAUCCCAGUUGCCUCUGUUAAAAGUCAAGUUCGUAUGCAGUAACGUUCUAACUGUUGUAAUAAUUAACAGUUUGGUUUGGGUUUUUUUGUUUUGGGUUGUUUUUUUUUUUUUUUGCCAGUUGACUCCUGUAUUUUCCUAAUAGUCUCACAUUUCACAUGUGAGAUUUUAAAGUCUGCACAGAGAGCCUGAGGUCAUCAGCUCCCCAGCCCCUCCCCACUGUGCCAGCUCUCCUCUUACUGUCCUCUCCCUUCACCCUGUCUCUUCACCCCUGUGGCCAGGAGAGCAAGGGAGAUGCUGUCUGGUGUUAUUUUCUGCCUUGCCAGCAGGGAUGCCCUGACUCCCAGAAGCACUUGCGCUACCUCUGUCCUGUUCAGGCAUUGGGGUACACAUCCUAAGUCAUGUCAAAACUGCCAUUUUCAGGCCUGAGAUAUGUUAAAAGACAAAAACUUACUCUACUUCGUAGUCUAGAUUUUAAAACUGGGAAGAAAAUGUGAUAUACUUUGGACCACUUUUUUAAUUUAUAUAAGCCUUAAUGAACAGUAUAUAUACACUUACAUAUGCACACUCCACUCCAGAAUAUUUUCAAUGUGUCAGAGAAAAUGCUGUAGCAUUAGGACAUGAGCCUGUGUUAAUGUUUUCUAGGGAAGGAAUAGCUUUCUGUCUGUUUGAAAUUUUCCAAGGAAACCUCUCACUUGACAUCUGUCCUUUGUCAAAGAUGUCACACUCAACGCAAUGCAUGUUUAAAGUGCAUGUCUCCGUGUUAGCUUUGUUUGUAAGGGGUAGCAACAGGAAUCUAAGGACAGCACUGUUGAUGCCUGACCUCUAGUGUACUGCAUUCUCCACCAAGUAUCAGUACAUUGAAAGCCUUUUCCAUGACCAGGACUUUCAUCAACAGAUGUCCAUGUUCCUUUGUAAGCCCAUCCCUUGUACUCAGACUGAUUUCACCUAGAUUGUCACAGUUUCCUUCAUGUUAACUUUGCGUGACUUUGUUCUUCCUUUACUACUCUCUAUGUAACAUAUAUACAUAUAUAUGUGCAUAUGCUGUCCCAAUAUACAUGUAUAUAUUUGUAUAGCAUUUUUACACCUCUGUGAGUAAUCUGGUUUCAAAAGGGAGUGAGAGCUUUGUCCCUUCUACAGUUUUAUCCAAGCUGUGUCCUGAGGAUUCUCACCCUCAGAGCCUGAGAGAACCCUAGGAAGAUGUUCAUUUGUUGUCAUUUCUUAAUUUGGGAUCUGUUAUCAAAUGAAACAUGAACAAAACGGUGACUUGUAAGGUGAAAAGAGUUUCAAGCAUUCCAAAUAAAUUCUCGCUGUUUCGUAACUUUUUAUUGUAAACCCACCUCCUAAUACAAAGCCAAGUACUAUUUGAUACAGUGAUCAAAACCAAACUACCUUGAUGUUUUUUUAAGACAACUUAUGGAUAAUGCUCAUUUUCACAAUCAGAAUAGCUUUAAAAUAUGGUUGAAUUUGAUACACACAGGAAAAGUUUUGUUUAAGAACAAGUCUUUUUUUGCUUUUCUUCUUGAAAGCUCUACAGAAAAAUUGUAGUUUGUUUUUCUGACAGCAAAAGAGUAAUGUGACAAAAUGAAGUCAUUGUAAAGAAGUGAUGCAACUUGUCAAAUAUUUAAUAAAGAAUUAUGGAAGCUGGAACAUUUUCUACAUCAA